ACCUCCCACUAGGGGCCCUGUGUAAUUUGAUGCAUGCUGUUAAAGCUUAGAGUAUAUUGUCCUCGCCUGCCUACGAAAGCCUCCACCCACCGGCCCACCCUACAUUCGCGCAGAUCAUGUGACCGUGACUCCAUUAAUAACAGGAUGUUAAUGCUUGACGGGAUGCCGGCAGUCAGAGUCAAAGCAGAACCUCUGGAAUCUGAGCGAGGGUCCCCCAAAGUGCACAGUUACCCGGAUAUGGAAGCGGUCCCGCUCCUAUUGAGCAAAGUCAAGCCGGAGCCCCCUGAGGACCUCCUCUCGCCCGAACAGUUCCAUGCACAGACCGAGCCCGUCGACCUGUCCAUUAACAAAGCCCGCACCUCGCCCCCUUCCAGAAUCUUCUCGCCCCGCUCUUCGCCAGUGACUUCCCUGACCUCCUCUUCGUCCUCCUCCUCACCUACAGUCAUCACCUCCAUCUCCUCUGCACCGGGGCCGCUGGUGGUCUCGCCCUCCAGAGCCAGGAACCAGCAGUUUUUGCACAUCGUCCACCCCUCCCCGUCACCCUCCGGCCCUGUGAACCUCCAGACCGGCAAGUUGCCUGGACAGGUCCGACGCAUCCCUGUGGUGGUGCAGCCUGUGCCUCUGAUGUAUGGGUCCAUCCGCCCCCCAGCGCACACCAACUCCCCCAUCAUUCUACCUCUGCUCGAGGAGAUACGGAAUCAAGGCAAAGGGAAAAUGGACCCUAAUGGCUUGUCGCCGAGACAAAUCAAAAGCGACAGCGAUGAUGACGACCUGCCAAAUGUGACCUUGGACAGUGUUAAUGAAACAGGUUCCACAGCUCUCUCCAUAGCCAGGGCUGUGCAAGACUCCAUGUCACCGUUCAGUAUUGAGAGCCUGCGACGUCCUCGGAGAUCCGAGUCCCCAGACUCCAAGAAGAGACGCAUCCACCGGUGCGACUUUGAGGGCUGCAAUAAGGUGUACACCAAAAGCUCCCAUUUGAAAGCACAUCGGCGGACACACACCGGUGAGAAGCCGUACAAAUGCACCUGGGACGGCUGCACCUGGAAGUUUGCCCGCUCGGAUGAGCUGACGCGGCACUACAGGAAGCACACGGGGGUGAAGCCGUUUAAGUGCGCAGACUGCGACCGCAGUUUCUCCCGCUCCGACCACCUGGCGCUGCACCGCCGUAGGCACAUGCUUGUGUGA